GCAAAAUCGGCUGCACUCUGCCGGCAGCAUUUUCCCUUUCGUUAGUUUCUUCCAGCGGCAUUCGAAAAAAAAUUUGCAUUUGUAUUCCGUGGAAAUUUAUACCGGUCUGCAAAAUAAUUCCACCUCUCGGUAGUUGGAUUACUAAAUAAAAUGGAAUCUGAUAUUCUCGACAGCUUAAAUGACUUGGGAUAUGAAGGCCUGCUCUUAGAUGAAGUGGCACUUCUCAAAGCCCUGGAUGGUGGCGUUAAAUCAUUGGAGUUUACCAAAUUGGUGCACAUCCUAGCGGCGGAGCUGAAGCAGCUGUGUAGACUGGAGGAGACCAUCAAUGUCAUCAGCGAUCCGGAGGAAUCUGUUGCAUUCCUGUUGGAGUUGAGCUCGUUUUUGAAAGAGCUUGGAUGUCCGUAUAGGAAAUUGACUACAGGUCACAUGUCGUCCCGCUUGCAAAAGAAGGAAGACAAAGUUCUUCUGCUGGACUAUCUAAUAUCAGAGCUCAUGGCUGCUCGGAUGGUCAACAUUGACUGUCCCAAAGACAAGCAAGGAUCUGCCAUGGAGAUUGUUAUGCAAGAGUCUCCAACAGCUAGAGACCUAAAGAACAUUCUCAUUUCACUGAAGUUCAACAAGCCUCCACCGAACAUCACCGCUGAGAUGCUGUUCUCUAAACUGGAAGCCAAACUUAAGGACACCUUACAGAAAGAAGGUGACCAGCUAGUGGGUAAGCCGUUAUAUAACAAAGCAUUAACAGAAAAAGAUUGGAAACAACUGGAAGUGACCUUCUCGGAAAUGUUUGAGGAGUACAGGCUCAGAAGGGAGACUCUGAUCACUAGACUGGAGUGUACUAUACAGAGUUUUGAGUGGUCAGAUCGUCUGAAGACAAAAAAAGACGCGAUCCAAUCAACAUACAGACCGAAACGCGAACAACUCAAAGUGAAGCCGAACAUUCAGCUGUCGGACUUCCUCGCGGCCAGAACUUCUCUGUUGCAUGUGGAGAAGACUUCGAGCGCGGCGGUGAGGAAGAACACGCAGAGCGAUGUCAACAAGGUUAUAAUCGGGCAGGUCCCGGACCGCGGCGGCCGCCCGCACGAACAGCAACCGCCGCCGCCGGAAAUGCCGUCGUGGCAACAGCGGACUCCAGCCGGCGGUGGUCGCGGAGGGAGGGGCGGGGGCGGUCGUGGGGGCGGUGGUCGCGGUGCGGUGGGAGGGGGAGGGGGAGGGGGCGACCGCGGCCGCGGGGGGAGGGUGCAGGGGGGGUACAACCAGAGCGGGGGGGACCAGGGCAGACCACAGACAAGUCCUGCUGCGUUUAACCAGAACAGAAACUACCAAACGUAUGAAGUCCCCCCGGGCGGUUACCAAACCAACCAUAGCCAGGGUUACGAUCGCAACGGCGGUUACCAAGGCUACAAGCAGGGUUACGACAGUUAUAGUAACCAAGGACAAGGAUAUCAUCAAGGUAACACCGGCGGUGGCUACAAGAACUACCAUUCGCAAGGCUACCAAGGCCAGGGCUACCAAAACCAGGGCUACCAACAAGGCUAUCAGUCACAAGGCUAUCAGAACGAACACGACGACCGCGAUCGCCGCGGCAGGGGGGGUUACAGGGGGGGGAGGCGUUGAUAGCAGAAGUAUAUUAGGUGUAAAACUAGCACGUUACGACUACUGAGCUACUGAGUAAGAAAUUAUUUCGUAAAGGUUUUUGAAAAUAACUAGUUGUUCGCCGCGAACUUAAGACCACGCGAACGCAUUUUUUUUUUUUACAAAAUUGUGAAUAUUCUUUCACAUGCAACAAAAAUACUAAAAUUUAGAGGUAGACUAUCAAUUAAUUUUAUAGCUUUUUCGGAAAUUUAUUUAUUUUUCAAUUAUUUAUUUCCCGAUUGUAGAGAAUGCUUUUAGCAUUAAGUCCGCCCUCUCUAUCAUUUUUGUGAAUAAAGUUUGAAUAAUUAUUUAUAACUAAUUAUUGGCAUUUUGUCGCAGAAUGUAUAAAUUAGGCCUUUUUUGGUUUUCUAAGUACUCUCUGGAUAGUGCCUAGAUGUAGAGAGGGACAUUUUGCGAAAGGGACAAUAAGCGACCAGCAGCUAUUGAGCCCACUAAUAAAUCAUUUCCGCUGUGGAAAUAAUAUUAUUUUUAUUUAUUAUCUUCUUUCCAAGCUCAGUGAGUACUACUUAUCGUCUAGUGCUGUAUAUUAUUAGUAAUACGUGUAGGAUGAGAUUUUUAAACGAGUGUUUUAAAGAAUCUUCGCUCAUGUGGGAAUUUCGGGAUUAAAAGUACCCUAUGUGUUAUCCCAGGUUAUAUUUCAUUACAAUCCAGUAGAUUUUGCGUGAGAUAGUAACAAACAUACAUACACAUAUGUGUAUGUAUGUGUAUAUACACGUACAUGCAGCCUCGCAAACUUUCGCAUUUAUAAUAUUAGUAAUAUUGUAUACACACAAUAUAAAUGUAUUCUUUGGAGGACAAUACUAUAAUGUGAUUUGAGUAUCUCUCGCGGUGUCUUACUUGGUUGUGACGCCCGGAAGCCGGAAAAUUAAGAAAAUAUUCAUAAUUCUCGUUUUGAAUCUCUUCUGUACGUGACUCAAUAAUUAUGUAAUACUUAUUUGAUUUUGGUGUGCGCAAUUGAUUUUUUACAAGAUCAGUACGAAAUUUUCGUUUUUGAUAUUAUUGUGAGAUACGAUGAAAUUUAUAUUUAAGUAACUCAAAAUUCUUGUCUUUGUCUUUUUAUCGAGCAACGGUAGAGACAGGGCUUCUUUCAUAUGUGGCAAUAUUAAUAAGAGAUCGGCCAUGUUGAAAAAAUGUAAAUAUCAAACAUGGAAAGAGUUAUAAACGACGCCCUCGGUGGCGCAGUGGUAAAGUACUUGCAUCUGAACCGAGAGGUCCCGGGUUCGAUCCCUGGUCGGGUCAUGAUGGAAAAUGAUCUUUUUCUGAUUGGCCUCGGUCUUGAUGCUUGUCUAUAUAUGUAUUUGUUAUAAAAUAUAGUAUCGUUGAGUUAGUAUCCCAUAACAUAAGUCUCGAACUUACUUUGGGGCCAAGUCAAUCUGUGUGAUUUGUCCGUAUAUAUUUAUUUAUUUAUAAACUGAAAAUUCUCAUAGGCGAUGAAUUAGCAAAUUAUCACUAUUCUCUGUUCCAUCCACGAUACAGCUAAAUGUGGCCAUAGAGUAUUGCAAUUCUUUAACCUGUCUAUCCCGUAUAGGUAAAGAUGUGAUACUGUUAUCUGUAAUUUCGCAUGUCGCCAUAUUACAAAACAAAAUGUCUAUAAAUAUUGAUUUAUCAUCAUCAUUAUUAUUAUUAUUUUUUAGCAAAUGAUGUAUUAAACUAGGUAAUAUUUAAUUGUAUUAAAAUUGUGUCGAUCUCUUUAAAUGUUUAUUUAAAAGUGUUUUAUUCUCAUUAUCUUAUUUAAGUUUGGAAAUUGUAACUACUCCGUUAUUCAUGAAAAGUCAAAGCAUCUUUUAAGCUAACGUAUGUUUUGUCUCUAUUGCACUUUAUAAUAUUUGAAUUAAUGACAGAAAGAGACGAAACAUACUUUAGCUAAAAAUAUGCUUUAACUUUUGCAUAAUAGGGAUAAAAUGAAUUUUCAUAUUAGACCUAAAACGACUAUAGGCUUCCUCCAUAGCAAAUAAUUAUUUGUAAUGUCUGUAAAGAGUAGAAAUUAAAUUAGGGCGCUGUGUGCCCUUGACUGGGAACACUGAGACGAACAACCAAUCCUGACCAUUAUUUCAAUGGCAAAAAUGUUGUUCUACGCUUUUAUAUACUGUAAAUAGUAUUAUCGUGAUGUAAUAAGUAGUCCCACAUUACGGCCACUCCCUGCCUCCCGCUGAAUACAACCCGCUAACAUUCACUUACCGAGACGCGCGCAAACCUCGUCAUACGUUCCCAAAUGCACCGCGAUCAUAUCAUCGAUACUUAAGUCAGUACAUGAAGCUAUAGGUAAUACUGCAGAGCCGGUUAUAUUGCUAUCUCUUUCAUCUGUUGCCCGACUCCUUGCGCGGUUAAAAAUAUAUACGUUAUACUUAUGUGUGUUACUCGCAAUAUAAAAGAAAGAGAGGUCGGACCACAGAUGAAAGAGAUAGCAAUUUAAUCGGCUGAAAAAGUCCAGUCUUCGAAACUUGCAUCAAAAAAUUCUUAUAAGAUCGGGCUCUACUAUAACAGAUAGCUUCAUUAUGUAGUGUGGGUGUAUAUAACAACGCAAUGUAAUGUUUCAUACAUUUUCGGGAGUGUCCCAUAAAAGCGACCGAAAUAUAUAUAGUUAAAUAUACAAAUAUUGCUUGUUUUAUAGUAUAGGAUAACAAACGAAACACCUUUUCUCAAGUUUGAUAAUGUACAAGAAUCAUUUGGCGCUAAUAAUGUCUAUAUGCUUAAAACAUCUUAUUUAGACAGAGAAAACUACAACUACGUCAUAUUUUUCGUUUCGCUCAAACAAGAAAGAGAAAUAAAAUUGCAUUGGAAAUACACGAGAAGAAACGGGCCAGUGCGUUAAUAUUUUUUGUCUCUCAUUGUGUGACUUAUUUUACAUCGUCCAGUCUGUCGCUUUGUAUGAGAUGGGAGCAGUUGUAUGGAAAUGUUCCACCUCAUUUGGCUACGCCCAUCGUCUUUAGUCUUUAGUUAUUUAAAACGUACCUAAAUGGCGCCCCCACUAAUGCCAAAUGAUCUUUGUACUGUGAGCCCUAAAGUCACACGAAAUAAAUUUUAUUAUUGUUAAUGUAAAAGAUGAUUAGACAAUUUAAUAGAAUGCGAACUGAUAUUAACUUAAGUACUGGAAUUACUAUUACUGUUUAAUAUAUUUUUAACUCAAA